GUCUAUAUGAGCAUGCUAGAUAGGUAGUGCGAGGGAAUAUUCAAGUGUCCUCAGAGACUUGCAAGGCAAUAUACCAGCAAUCCAUUUGUACUAAGUUUCGCUGACCCUUUAAAAGGAGACUCUGCCAAUACGUUCUGAUUCCAGGGUUGUUGUACCCGUCGUAGAUGAUAUUGGGAACAAUGUGGUACCCGGUUUGAUUCGAGAAAAAAGACACAAUAAAGCCGCACGAUGGGCGUCGUUACAAAAUGAGAAAAUGUUACUACGGCUGCAAGACGAACAAGAAAAGCUGUUGAUCAGUCGCAGCCUUCACAUGUUCCAAAACGGCCUAAAAUGGACUUAUCCACGUGACCUAAAGCAUGCGCCGGAAUUUAGAUGAUCCGACUUAUCGCAAAGCUGUCAGAUGUUUAAUUUCUAGCCUAUCAAAGGCGGCAUCGUGGUUAACUGCCAGAUGUCAACAAAUUUUCCGCCGUUCCUCUCUCCUCCCGCUUCUGUUCCUGUUUUCCUAAAACACAGGACCUUCACCGUUUUUUUUAAAAAAUAUAUAUAUAUUUCCCCCCUUCUUUUCCGUACGGUUUCGUCAUUUGUGGAUAUCCGUCUUCUUUUUCCUGUGUUUCUUGUUCAAUGGGCGCUUCGAAUGGGCCGAUCUAUACCUCCGACGAUUAACCACAUCCCAGAGUUCUUACACCAGCGCAAACCUAAUUCGCACACACGAUAUACUUCAUUGGGAUAUUGGGAAAUUCUUCCCAGAUUAGAGACACAGGGCUGAUUCAGCCAUGCUCCCAUUCCCUUUUCUUGUAGGGUUUUCGUUGCUUGUGCUCCUCCCCGUCGUGCUAUGCGCGGAGGACUACUAUAAAAUUUUGGGACUGGACAGAUCCGCUUCUGAUCGCGACAUAAAAAGAGCGUAUCGGACGUUAAGUAAAAAAUUCCAUCCUGAUAAAAAUCCGGGAAAUGACUCUGCGCAUCAAAAAUUCGUUGAUAUAGCUGAGGCAUACGAUGUUUUAUCGACGUCGUCGACGAGGAAAAUUUACGACCAGUAUGGACAUGAAGGUUUAGAGCAGCAUAAACAAGGCGGAGGACGAACACAUGACCCGUUCGAUAUUUUCUCCCGCUUCUUCGGAGGAGGUGGUCAUUUUGGCCACUCUCCUGGCCAACGUCGGGGUCCUGAUAUGGAAAUCCGCCUCUCACUUCCUCUCAGCGAUUUCUAUAACGGCAGGGAGGCGACAUUUGAAGUGGAAAAACAACAGAUCUGCGAAUCUUGCGAGGGAACUGGGUCUGCUGAUCGGAAGGUCGAAACCUGCCAUCAGUGCGGCGGUAGGGGUGCGGUGAUUAAGAAACACAUGUUGGCACCCGGGAUUUUCCAGCAGGUUCAAAUGCACUGCGAUAAGUGUGGCGGGCAAGGGAAGACGAUACGGCGUCCAUGUCCUGUAUGCCAGGGGCAGCGCGUUGUGAGGAAUUCCGUCCCCAUGUCAGCCACAAUAGAGCGCGGCAUGCCCAAGGGAACUAGGAUAUCGUUUGAAAACGAGGCAGAUGAGAGCCCCGACUGGAUUGCUGGCGAUCUGGUUAUCACCCUGGACGAGAAGACACCAGAGAUUUUUGAAGACGAGAAGGACCGGACUGACGGCACCUUCUUCCGGCGCAGAGAUAAUGACCUGUUUUGGAGAGAAGUACUCAGCCUCCGAGAAGCAUGGAUGGGAGACUGGACGCGCAACAUCACACAUCUGGACGGACAUGUAGUACAGCUGCAUCGAAAACGCGGGGAAGUAGUCCAACCCUUUACCGUUGAAACUAUUAAAGGAGAAGGCAUGCCAAUCUGGCACGGUGGCCAUAUGCAUGACCACGACGGCGGCGAUGAGUUUGGCGACCUCUACGUCGAAUAUACGGUUGUGCUUCCAGACCAAAUGGAUAAAGGGAUGGAAAAGGACUUCUUUGCGCUCUGGGAAAAGUGGCGCAAGAAGAACGGCGUGAGUCUAGAAAAAGACAGCGGCAGGCCCACCAAAUCUCAUUCUAAGGAUGAAUUGUAAUAUAACCAUUUGUAAAUAAGAUUCUACAUUUUUAUUUUGGCAACUUAAUUCCCCCAUGGUAUUUAUCCCAUGAUUUUCUUUUCUCAACCACUCUUUGCUUAAAAAAAAUAAAAAAUAAAAAAUAACAAGUGCUUAGAAGCAUAGUUGUGUUCAAGGGCUAGACAAUUGAUAGAGAUAUAUAAGUUCAGAAUGAACACAAAUCACCAUCAUCGGAAAUCCUGAAUCAGGCUUGAGAUUAUCGAUGGCAUUCCUCAUUCCACUCCUGCAUCCAGUAUCUUGGAAGGAACAUUCCAAGGCAGGCUGAGCGCUCUAACAUUUGAACUCUGGCGGCCAUCGCGCUCAUGAUCCAUAACAGUG